CGCUGUGAUGCCAAAUUGCCGAUGACAUGAGCAACGUAGAAGUGGAAGCACGUCUGCCUGCCCCCCGAACCUACAGCCUCAUCGAGGACAUGAAGUCUUUCAGUAACGGAAUGAUCUCGUUGAAGGAGCGCCUAGCAGCACUGAAUAAGAGCGCACAAAAUUGGCAUACGCGAGUGAAGAAGGACGAAGUGGUCUUGAAACGGAGCUCAUCUGCGGUUAGUUCUCGUUUGUCUCCGCGAGCGAAACUCGGCAAAGAAAAUGAGGCCGAAGAUGUGGAUCCACAUGCAGCUGUUGCUCCGAUGUCCAAGCAAAGCCUCAUGCUCAGCCUGGACAAAGGCUUGGACUCGUUUUUCCCAAGAACCGCUGUACUGCACGAGUCGAUUGCAAAAAAUGGCGAGAUCGAUCUGAACUCGAUUGAGCGGACCGAUAUACUGGACACUCCCAAGCGGCCUCGUUUGAAAAAACCUGGAAAUCAAAAGCGACGAUUGGUUGUUACAGAACGAUUGGCAACGCUAGACACCUCAAAUAUCAAAAUUGAGGAGGAUCCACGUGAUGCUCUAGUCACACCUGUGAUAGUGGACGAGGGUGGCCCUAUUGCUACAAGUGCACGCCAGGGUUUACAGGCUGUAGAAGAUUAUACUUCUGUGAAAAGCGCUCUAAAACAUGCAGAUAUGAAAUCUCCCUAUCCUCCAGUGAUGCUUAUUCGGGUCGCUGGUGAGAAACGAGUGGAUGUAAGAUUGGUGGCACCAAUAGCAUCGUCCAUCCAUCAAAAUGCUGUUUUUAUCGUGGUGACACCGAAUAGGUUGUAUAAAUAUGAGGGGGAGCACAGCAAUAUUUUGGAAAAGACCAAGGCUACCCAAAUCUGUAUCCACAUCACAACAAAAGCAGACUUGUUCUGUUCUGCGGUAAAGGCUGAGGAGUCAUCAGGAUCAUCUCCAUCCUUUCUCUCCUUGCUCGGUCCAGGUAAAAUCGACAUGACCACAGAGCGGAAUGUAGUCGAACCGUUCGAGAACGUCAUAGCAAAGAGCAACUUAGUCUUGCGAGUCACAGACGACUACAAGUUGCAGUCCGUUGCCAAAGGAGAACAUCCUCGAUUUGGUUUUUUGCAGGCGAAUGAGACUCUAAUAUUCGAUUUUGGAUCUGAAAUCUAUGUUUGGAGUGGAAGAAAUGCGCGAAAAACUACUGGACGCUAUGCGGUAGAGUAUGCUCAGCAACUAAAGACCAAAAGAGUUACCUCGGAUGUUUCGCUGUUUGGGACAGAACUGGGAGACGGUCGUGCACCAUGGGUACUGUAUCUACGGGUUUUCCAAGGAGUGCAGAACUGUCUCUUUGCUGCGAAAUUUCCUGAUUGGCAAAGUAGCGAAAUGAAGAUCUACAGUACUCCAAGGGUUUAUCGGAAGGAUAUUCCACUUCAAUGUGCGGAUGAGAAGUUGGAAGCUCGUCUACUAGCUGACGUUCUUCGAGGUUCACAUCACCCAGAACCUUCAGAAACAAUAGAAGAUCAAGAACUAACGAGAGAAAUGAAGAAUGUGGUCACGGAGGGCAUGACGUUUUGGCAAUUGAUAGGAGAAGAAUUGGAACAAAUUGAGCGGACGAACGUUUUUGUAGACGAUUGUUGUUAUGUGAUACGAUGGCAGUACAGGAUUCAGAUCUCAGGUGUGCGUCGACUACGCUCCGGUCAAGUAUCAGAAAAAGAAACUGGCAGAGAACGAGUGGCAUUUUUCUAUUGGCUCGGUGCCAAAACAUCAGCGAAACAACAAGGUCUUUGUGCUGUGAGACUUGCUCAUAUGGACAAGGAGAAACAUCAACACAUUCGGGUUGCUCAGCUAUCCGAACCACCUUUGUUUUUGUGGCUGUUUGGAGGCACUUUUAUCAGUCGGCACUCCUCGCCCCCUUCCUCCUUUCGCACUUUCGUCGUUGGAGGAUGUUCCAGAGCUGAAUGCUAUGCGAAUGAAGUUGACUCAACGCAGCCCCUUCGAUCUCAUGCCGUCUAUAUUCGACUUAGCCAAGAUUACAUUCGAGUUGUUGCAGGAACCGAUGUAGAUCAGACUUCCGUAAAAAAUGGGCUGCUGCUUGCUGAGGCUAUGCUGAAGGCACGAAAGGGGUUUGAUCUGAAGGAGUCUGCCCAAAUAGAACAUCAGGUCCAAGGCGAUGACCGAACAAUCCCCUGGAUCCGCGCUGUAGGCCGUACGAAAACUCCCAGACUCUAUCGAAUCUACGAACUUGAAGGCUCUGAACUGCUCAGCGCCCAAUACCACGACCAUUGUCCCUUCCCGGCUAUUCAAUCCGUGCUUGUGGAUACAGUUCUCGUGGAUGCGGGAGAUCGUCUGUGGGUUUGGAACGAGCGCAUUCCGACGACGUUCGCUUUGCGGGUGGCUGAGUUCUUCUGGAAGGAUCGGCUUGGGGGAGUUACGGUAAUUGGGAAGGGCAAGGAGCCGGACGAGUUUAUCGCCUUGUUUGCUGAGUGGAAUGAAUGGCCAGAGGGUUUUGAUGUGCAGUCGCCUCCCAGACCUUUGAGAGAAAUCUUAGCCGAACGAACGCAGACCUUCGAUGUAGAAGCCCUGCGUUCCCGAAAAUCACUUCCCGAAGGAAUUGACACGAAAAAUCUCCUACAGUACCUCAGCUCAGAAGAUUUUCGUAGCGUUUUUGCCAUGUCCGAAGAGGAAUUUGCCAAACUUCCUGCCUGGAAACAGAUCCGUUUGAAAAAAGAAGCCGGCUUGUUUUGAGGACAACAACUUCUGUUAUAUAUGUUCAUAGAUAUUUAUCACGACUAACUGGUGGCUUCGAUCUUAUAGUUUUUUAUUUUGCACAGAUUUGCACAUAUUUUUCGAUGUUGGGGACCAGUUCUCGCUAUGCAAAAUUUCGUUCUUGGUUACAUUUCAAAGGAUUUUUGUCGGUACCGCUCGAAUACAAGGGUUAGGAAUACAGAAUUAAUUUUCUCCACAUUUUAUGUUAGCGAAAACUGGUUCCUGUACUACCCACAUCCUGCUAACAAGGUCUCCAUGGGUCCACAGCCUACGCCAUAGAUUAUUCUCACUCAUAUUAUACAUUUUGCUGCCACUGCACAAUUUCUAACCAAAAUUGGCUUUGAUGGUAAUGGUGGUUAAUCUUCGCCCGUCAUUUUUAGUACCUCGAAAUUGCAGAUUAUCAGUCUACAAAAAUUUUUACCUAUGAAUAUUGCCAUAAAUGCUUAUGCAGCUCUCUGGUUGUGAACUUUAUUAUAUUUGUAUUAGCUUAGCUAUUGUGGAAAUGUUGCUUAUGUUGUCAGGUAUUUUGGAAAUCGACUUAGAGUUGGUAAAGCUGUAAAUAUAUGUUUUAACAAGAGAUGUGUGAUUUUGUGGAAAGGAGAA